GCUUGUGGCUUAGACUUCAAGCAUUUGUGGUCCUGUGACGUUGACAAAAACAUCCGGGAGUUCAUCAAGAGAAACUUUGCACCAGAGCAAAUCUUCCACGAUGUGAACAAGCCGCGGAGCUUGCCACCUGCCAAUAUCUACGCAGCAGGCUUUCCAUGCACACCUUUUUCGAAGCUUCACGCCAGCAGUGGGGAGUGGCAAGAGAAGGCAGCCAGAGCCGGAAGAGCCGUUCUGAGAACAGUGCAGAAGCAGCAGUUUGCUCUAGCUGUAUUAGAAAAUGUGGAGGGUUUGCGCGACAGGCCGGAAGCCUGGCAGACGAUGCUAAAGCAUGUGAGGCGCUACCUGUCCAACUACUACGUUUUUGUGGUCCACCUUUGUCCAACUAUGUUGUGCCAUGCAGUCUCGCGCCCGAGGCUGUAUUUUGUGUGCGUCCACCAGAGUGUGGCCAAGACAAACGAUGUGGAUCGGAUGCAGGCAGCAAUUCUUCGCAUGCUGUCUUCAGGUGUCGCUCAUUUUGCCAGGUUUCCCAAGCCAACAUGGGAGAGUUUCCUCUUGAAAGGGGCGGCUGUGAGCUUGGGCAACACUAGGCAGCCGAAAGAAGGGUGCAAGUGGCUGAGUUUGAAUGCAGAGGUCCGGAAGGGCAUGAAUGUUUCACACUUGCCCAAGGUAAGUGGUUUGACUGUGAGAGAGCAGGAUACGUGGGAGAUUGCAGUCUCUGGCCACCCAACUGCCCAGCUGAUUGCUGCCGAUGUCAGCCAGUCUGCCAACAGGGUCCCAAGUCGCUCCAAUGGAACCCUUCCAGUGAUCACGCCACACUCGAAGAUUGUUAUCCGCAAAGCAGGUGGUGUGUGCAGACUGCUCACAGCUCAUGAGAAGAUGUUUGCCUGCGGGGCUCCGGUUGAGAGGUAUGACCUAGAGGGGGUCAGCGAAGGGCAGAUGAAGAAGUGGGCCGGGAACACAAUGGACAUCAAAUGCGUGUCCCUUGCUCUUUUGCUGGGUAUGAACCUUUGCAAGUGGCCAGAAGCCAACAGAACCGCAUCUUGCUUUGAGUCCUGGCGCAAGGCUUCGAUUUUCGAGAUCGAAAAGGCAACUUCUGGAUGGCAAUCCGCGGUGCUUGCCCGGGGCUUCGGGGACAACAAGAAUCAGAAGCAGACCAAGAACUCUCGAGAGAAGCGCUUGAAGGUUGGCACCAAAGCCAUCCAGAGGACUCGCAAGCAGCCUGGGGGCGUGAGACCUGGUCAGCGCCGCCAUUCGCCUGGGCAAGAAGCUCACGGUGGCAAGCGCAAGCUGCCGCUCGAUGGCAAAUCUUCCAAGCUGAGAAAGCGAUUGUCCCAGAUUUUCCGUGAUUCUUAG